AUGGCUCUCAUCAACGCGGGCACCAUCAUCCGCUCAAUAUGCCUGUUUCAUAUCACCCUGGGAUUCUUCUUCCUCACGUCGCCUCAUACCGUGGCUGACCAAACACUCGUUUUUAUCAUGGGUGAAGCUAUGGGCCUUCCUCACGUUCGCGCGUUCGACUCUCCAUCUCCGCCACUCGCUUUCCUCGGAGUUGUACUGGCCAUCUGGGGCUUCAGCGACCUCAUCGCCGUCUCCCAACCCGAAGAAAUCGCAAACCACUACUGGUCAUCCCAAGCACCCAUCCGUCUCGUCCUCUUCUUCGCCUUGGCAGGCUAUAGCUACCUGUUUUCCGCAAAGUCGCCAAUGUAUAAGACGUCCGGGUAUAUAACGAGCUCGUGGGGCGAGGGCUUGAAGAACAGAGUUUUGUUUACGUGGGCGUUCGUGGAGAUGAUUACGUGGUUCUGGAUUUGGACUACGUUGAGGGAGGAGCGGAGGGAUAUGCUGGCUAAGGCGCAGGAAAAGAGGGCGCAGGAGGAUGAUCGGUUGUAA